UAAAAAAAUCCGACGCUUCCCUAUCCAGCAGGCAGCCGCUGCAUCGUGAGAAAAUUUAAUUCUACAUAAUGAGUGAGUCACUAGUGGUGUGUGAUGUGGAUGAAGAUUUGGUCAAGACGCUGAAGAAGUUCCGUUUCAGCAAAGACACCAAAAAUGCUGCUAUCGUCAUGAUGAUUGAUACAAAAAAACAGCUUGUUGUUCUUGAUGAAGAGUAUAAGGACAUUUCCAUUGAUGAUCUGAAGGAAGAACUACCAGAUAGACAGCCAAGAUUUAUUGUUUACAGUUAUGAGUACAAACAUGAUGAUGGGCGUGUUUCGUAUCCCCUCUGUUUCAUCUUCUCUAGUCCAGAGGGCUGCAGACCACAACUGCAAAUGAUGUAUGCAGGAAGCAAAAACAAACUUGUGCAAACUGCUGAAAUGACAAAGGUGUUUGAGAUCAGAAGCAUAAACGACCUAUCGGAAGAAUGGCUGAGAGAUAAACUUAAACUCUUCCACUAGGUGUGUCUCAUCCAGAGGUCUGUGACCAGGAGGGUCCAGAUUGCACAACUUUGUCAUCUCAGAACACAACACUGUUCACAUGUCCCUCCAUGCCUGUGUUAAAUACUACUUUUGUUGUAGGUCAUUAAGUGUUUGGCGUUCUCAGCAUACCAAUACCAAUUCCAAAAUGUGCCAGAAAAUUACAUAGUCACAGGAAUUUGUAUCCAGGUGUACUUUUCUGUGACUGUCGAUAUACCUGGCACUCCUGAAACUUCUGAUGACAUAAACCUGAACAAUCUGGAAGCAUGACAUUGAAAAUACACCCACACAGGUCUGAAUUAAUCUCUAGUACAAUCUCUCCAUGUGGCAGUUGUGUGUCUGCAUUGGAUUAACACUCCCAAAAAUCAGCGGACAGAAAAUAA